GAGCAGUCAUUCAGUGGGCUCUUGACUGCGGACGCGUUCGGAAUAAGCGGGUUUAUCGCGAUCGUUUGUGGAGAGGAGAGCGUGCUGAGGUUCGGGCCAAGAUAAACAGCCUAAACAAAUGUUUGCCCAAUUGCCAUUAGAUAAUUAGAUUAUUCCGCCAUGGACGCAGUGCAGCAGCAAACAGCAAACAACAACAGCAGCAACAUCGACAGCGACAAAUGCCAGAAGCUGAAGAGAUUCGUGAUCGUCGGCCUGCUGAUCACCAUCGGCAUCUUGAGUUGGCACUUUUACGAGUACUUCCACAGCAAGCCGCUGCCUAGAACGCCCGACGAUGUCUUGACCCUCUCCAAGAAUCUCUACGCGGAAGAGACUGAGGUCAGUCCGUACCUCUACAAGGUGAAUCUCCAGGGGAAGACCACAUCCGGCGCCCACGAUGAUCGGGCUCCAAGGAAUCUCUUUGAAUUACACCAAGAUCUACUGGCCAGAGAUGCCAACUCCACGACAGCCCUUCUCAUGCGCCUCUUCGACAACUACGAGCUGGAUGUGGCUGUGGCUGAUGUUGCUACGCCGGAACACGUGCAGGAGCAACAGGACUUCCUCAGGACGGUAAUGAACACUCGAGUGAUGAAGUUGACCAUGCGGUUUCUGGUAAACAAGGACAUUGUGAGCACUGACUACGAUGAUCAGCUGCGUCUGCUGCAGGACCUUUGGUUCACACCCUACUCCCGAGGUCGCGGUAUCGUGGGCAGCUCCAGCUUUGAGCAUGUCUUUAUGGCGGAGCUUCGAGAUCAGACGGUUCUCGGGCUGCACAACUGGCUCUACUUUGCCGACCAGGAGCAGCGAGGCAAUGUGGACUACAAGGGCUGGUUGAGUCACCAAGAAAUGGGAAAGAAAAACCAAAUGCUGCUCAGUCUGCGGCAUACGUUCCACAACUUCCGGAAGCCAGUCAAUAGCUUCUUUGUGGGUACUUCGCCGGAGCUGGAAUUAAGCCUGUACACCGCCUGCUUCCUGACCACGGGGGAGGAGGAACCCUGCCACAUUCAGCUGGGCCGAGCCCACGCCACCAUAGUCUCACACGGAUGGAACUGGAAUGGGAUGCGCCUGAUAGCCACCGCUUAUCCCGACGGCUCCUAAAUCAUCCCACCCAUUCCCCAAACUCAAUAAAACUAGUUACUUUCAUAGGAAACGCAAGGCCCAAAACGCAAAGCUCCAAAGUCAAA